GGUUUCGACGCCUCCAUCGGUCGUCGCCUCGUUUCCUCCACCGCGGCCUCGCCUUCUUUCCGUCGGCUUCCCCCUUUCCCGCUGCCUUAACGCGGAAACUUCUGUCGCCAGUCUUCCCCCCUCCUCGCUGCCGCUGUCGCUACCGGCGGAUCAGCUAAGCAAGCUAGCGAAGCGAAGCGAAGCCCGACGGAUGGGGCCGCCCCGUGGCGCUUCUCGCGCUACUCUCGCCCUCCUCCUCCUCCUCGCGCUGUCGGCGGCGCUCGCCCCCGGCCGCGCGGCCGCCACGGGCGUCUUCGAGGUGCGCCGCAAGUUCCCGCGCCACGCCGGCGGGGACAAGCACCUGGCGGGCCUCCGGGAGCACGACGCCCGCCGCCACGGCCGCUCCCUAGCCGCCGCCGUCGACCUGCCCCUCGGCGGCAACGGCCUGCCCACCGAGACCGGGCUCUACUUCACGCAGAUUGGGAUCGGCACGCCGGCCAAGAGCUACUACGUGCAGGUGGACACCGGCAGCGACAUACUCUGGGUCAACUGCGUCUCCUGCGACACCUGCCCCCGCAAGAGCGGCCUCGGGAUAGAGCUGACGCUGUACGACCCGAGUGGAUCGUCGAGCGGCACCGGGGUCACGUGCGGCCAGGAGUUCUGCGUGGCGACUCACGGCGGCGUGCUCCCGUCCUGCGUCCCCGCCGCGCCGUGCCAGUACAGCAUCUCAUACGGUGACGGAAGCUCCACCACUGGGUUCUUUGUCACGGACUUCUUGCAGUACAACCAGGUGUCCGGCAAUAGCCAAACCUCCUUGGCCAAUACAAGCAUCACGUUUGGGUGUGGUGCUAAGAUUGGUGGAGAUUUGGGGUCGUCAAGCCAGGCCCUCGACGGGAUUCUUGGAUUUGGUCAGUCAAAUUCAUCCAUGCUGUCGCAGUUAGCGGCUGCAGGAAAAGUGAGGAAGGUCUUCGCACAUUGCUUGGACACCAUAAAUGGUGGAGGAAUUUUUGCUAUUGGGGAUGUCGUGCAGCCGAAAGUGAGCACAACGCCGCUGGUGCCUGGCAUGCCGCAUUACAAUGUCAACUUGGAAGCAAUUGAUGUUGGUGGUGUUAAGCUACAGCUUCCAACAAAUAUUUUUGGUAUAGAGGAAAGUAAAGGUACCAUUAUUGACAGUGGAACAACAUUGGCGUAUCUACCAGGGGUGGUUUAUAAUGCUAUAAUGUCUAAGGUAUUUGCUCAGUAUGGAGAUAUGCCCUUAAAAAAUGAUCAAGAUUUCCAAUGUUUCAGAUAUUCUGGAAGUGUAGACGAUGGAUUUCCUAUAAUCACCUUUCACUUUGAGGGCGGCCUUCCACUGAAUAUUCAUCCACAUGACUAUCUUUUUCAAAAUGGGGAGCUGUACUGCAUGGGGUUCCAGACUGGUGGAUUGCAAACCAAGGAUGGAAAAGAUAUGGUGCUUUUGGGAGAUCUAGCAUUUUCAAACAGACUGGUUCUUUAUGAUUUGGAAAAUCAAGUUAUUGGAUGGACCGAUUACAACUGCUCCUCCAGCAUUAAAAUCAAGGAUGACAAGACUGGAUCGAUAUACACUGUGAAUGCACAUGAUAUCUCAUCUGGAUGGAGAUUUCAGUGGCACAAGCCCUUGUUUGUAUUGCUAGUAACGGCGCUGUGCAGCUAUACAAUGUUCUAACAUAACCGCAGAUUCUCACAACUCUGUAUGCUUGUAGCCAUUUUGUUGUCUGUUGUUGUUAGUUCUUACAGAGAAAGGAAAGGAUAGGGGUAUAUACACCUAUGUUGUAUUAGGAAAAUGAGGGGAAAGGAAAGGAAAUACACUGAUUGUCAUCAUGUCAAGAAUAUAUAUGGAAAAUGUUUGCCCAAGAAUUA